GUGUUAUUCCGUGAACAGCAGCAGUGAUUUACUAGACAAAUUAAGGCCCAAAGCAAAGUGAUAAUAUUGAGAAAAUCAACAUCUAUUUCUGUACAAACCUGUUUUGAUUAUCCCAUGAUCCUCGGAGGUCUUCUACUGAAGAUUCUAGUUCACUGCAUGUUCUGAUUCACACACUUGUUGGUGUUGAUUACAGUGUGCAGUCCAGGUAGACCCCUGGGUACUGGAGCAUACCACAGCCCACGCCCCAGGACACCAACCCUAACAGCAUGGUAUGACCCACCAGAGGCCAACCUGAGUCCCCCUGCAGAAAAGAGAGACUGGCCCUGUGUGAAUACUUUAAUGCGAUGUACAUGUCUUUUCUCUCUUGUCUAGUUUCUAAUCUGCAGGUCAUUAGCUAAGUGGAAGCAAGAUUUCCUAUCUUAUCUCAAUCAGUACAUCCUUCUCAGGGACCGGGCCAUUGACUUAGUGGCAAUCCGUGAUUCAAACUGAGUUUCCCAGUGUGUGAGUGGCCUGUACCUUGAUCAACUGGUUUUAUACGACGUGGGUCUGCAGAUAUGGCCUUCCCAAAUCUUCUGACCCCUCACCACGAGCCCUCCCUGCCCAGGUCCACCAUCAUCCUCUGACCCCUUACCAACGAGCCCUCCCUGCCCAGGUCCACCGUCAUCCUCUGACCCCUCACUGCCCAGGUCCACCGUCAUCCUCUGACCCCUCACUGCCCAGGUCCACCGUCAUCCUCUGACCCCUCACUGCCCAGGUCCACCGUCAUCCUCUGACCCCUCACUGCCCAGAUCCACCGUCAUCCUCUGACCCCUCACUGCCCAGAUCCACCAUCAUCCUCUGACCCCUCACUGCCCAGGUCCACCGUCAUCCUCUGAACCCUCACUGCCCAGGUCCACCGUCAUCCUCUGACCCCUCACUGCCCAGGUCCACCGUCAUCCUCUGACCCCUCACUGCCCAGAUCCACCGUCAUCCUCUGACCCCUCACUGCCCAGAUCCACCAUCAUCCUCUGACCCCUCACUGCCCAGAUCCACCAUCAUCCUCUGACCCCUCACUGCCCAGAUCCACCGUCAUCCUCUGACCCCUCACUGCCCAGAUCCACCAUCAUCCUCUGACCCCUCACUGCCCAGGUCCACCGUCAUCCUCUGAACCCUCACUGCCCAGGUCCACCGUCAUCCUCUGACCCCUCACCAACGAGCCCUCACUGCCCAGGUCCACCGUCACUUCUGACCCCUCACUGCCCAGAUCCACCAUCAUCCUCUGACCUCUCCCUGCACAGGUCCACCGUCAUCCUCUGAACCCUCACUGCCCAGGUCCACCGUCAUCUUCUGACCCCUCACUGCCCAGGUCCACCGUCAUCCUCUGACCCCUCACUGCCCAGGUCCACCGUCAUCCUCUGACCCCUCACUGUCCAGGUCCACCUUCAUCCUCUGACCCCUCACCAAUGAGCCCUCACCGCCCAGGUCCACCAUCAUCCUCUGACCCCUCACCAACGAGCCCUCACUGCCCAGGUCCACCGUCAUCCUCUGACCCCUCACCAACGAUCCCUCACUACCCAGGUCCACCGUCAUCCUCUGAUCUCUCACCAACGAUCCCUCACUGCCCAGGUCCACCGUCAUCCUCUGACCCCUCACCAACGAUCCCUCACUGCCCAGGUCCACCGUCAUCCUGGAGGGUCUUUGGGUUUGGAGAGAAGCAUAUCAGACUGUAGAGGGACUUGGAAAGUUAAGCUUGAACCAGUAACCUCCUGUGCCAUAAAUCCCAGUCCUCUUGGCAGGGACCAUACGAUGCUAUACAUACAGACUCACAGUACAUAGCAGUGUGCCGCAGAGAGGACCCAACGCAGACGAAUCAGGGCUCCACCCCACGGGGAGGAAUUCACACGGAACAAGCUAACUGCAAUUACUCGCUUGCAUUUUUUGUAUGUUUUUAUUUAACCUUUAUUUAACUAGGCAAGUCAGUUAAGAACAAAUUAUUCUUUACAAUGACGGCCUAACCCGGACGAUGCUGGGCCAAUGGUGCGCCGCCCUAUGGGACUCCCAAUCACGGCCGGAUGUGACACAGCCUGGUUAAAGAAGCCUUGUCAGAGCUGUGAUGUGAAUUACGUCUAUACUUCAAGUUUACACUAUACAGCCUCCAGCCUAAUGUCAGUUUCAGGUGUAUGUUCAGAAAGCCACAGCCUACAUGGGUUUGAUUAGUAAUAAUGUGUUGUGCUGUGCAUGAUGGAGCCCUUAUGUAGACUACAGGUUUGGAAUGAGAGAGAAUACAGAUUCCUGCUGGGCCUGUAAUGAAAACACUUAACCUGAAUAGCAAUAGCACAGUUUUUCUCUCAAGCUUUUCUAGGUAGGCAGGCUUCCUGUGUUGAUUAAGACACCUUGGAGCUGGUGUGGGAUAUGGCUUAGAAAAUGUAUGUCAUUCUAAGGAUGAGAAAUGCGUUGUAUUCCGAAUGAUCCCAUUAUCCCAACUGUUAAUGCCAAAUGUAACGGCUGCUAGCUGUCUAAUGUAACGAUACCAAACAUAACAUCAUACUACAUCAUACUAAUUUUUGUGUCUUGGAUUUACGUUUACUAUGUUACGUCUAGUCUAUGAUGACAGCUUGUCGACAGCGCACUUGCUGCUCUGUUCCAUCCUGGCAUUCCAGAGUGGUGGCAUGGAGGACAGCACACUCGCGCAGGUUUCCAGGAACGGGCACACACAAGGCGGCACUUCUGAAUGUAGCUAACAUUGGAUUUGUUGUGUUUGUUCCUUAUUUAAUUUUUUCUAAUUUUCUUUGAUUAGUCUAUUACUUUUUUACUUGAACAAAAUCGCCAUGGCUUGGCCGUGCAUAAGCAGAGUGUGCUGUCUGGCUCGGUUUUGGAACCAGUUUGAUAAAUCCGAUCUUUCAUUGCCACUGACCAUCCAGAAUUACUCAGACAUCGCCGACCAAGAGGUGCGAUCCGUCACCAGGCAGGGACCGACGGACCGGGUUCUGACGCACAACUAUUCUAGUCCGGACCACCGCGGAUCCCCCCAAACACCGGGAGAUGCCCCGGGCACCCGGAGAUCAUUGAGAGGCCGGAGGGAAGCAAACUUCAAACCCCGGGAGGACUACCACCGACCCGGCGUGCCGUUCUCGAGUGUCACCCAGUACAAACAGGAUUACAAACCCUGGCCUAUUCCGAAGAAGGACAAUUUCCCCUGGAUUAGCAAUUGUGGAAAAGGGGGCACCGUUGGUUCGGAUAGCCCAGUAAACAGUUACCCCAAUGCGAGCCAGACGAGAGGGGAGACGGGGGAGAGAGAGGAGCUGGGCAUGAGGUGGGGGGAGCAGGGGACCGGAACAGCUCAAAGCUCUUACAGGCAGGAGUACCGGCCUUGGACAGGGGCCAGACCGGCCAAGACCACUAGGAAACAACGCCCCCCUGCCCCGUACGCCAGCCCCCGGUCGGGGGUCUCCCACCUCCCCAAUGAGACCAGCUACCAGGCCGCCUACAGUGGAGCCGGGGAGGCUUUCAGACACACAGAGCUUCACCAGAGGGACCAUAAUACCACCACCUCCACCGCUGGGCUGCCGAUCACCACCUCCACUGUCCCCAAGGCCCCUGUAACCCUACUCCAGCCAUCCUCCACCACAACCACCCCUAUCAUCAGCACCGGCCUCCAGCAGAGCAGCCUGCCAGAGAGACCCAACCUCAGUAUAGGAACCAUGGGAGAGGAGCAGUUGGUGAGGACCAAGCUCUCUCCCAACCCAUCUGCAGUGUUUCAAAGCAGAUCUAGGAUCUUCAACAUAUGACAGACUUUCCAAACUAUUCUACUGGUUACCGGGAGACCAAAGAACCAAUGAGGGGAAUGUUCUCUGUCCAUUCCACACUACAACAAAAUCUAUGCAGGGAAUGUACAGCUUAAUGUAACCAGAAAGGAAAACCCUGUACAGCUUAACAGUGUAGUGAAUGACAAACCAGAUGUCACAAAACAAUUUUAAAAUCCUGUUCUAUUGCUAUGAAAAUCGUAUAUAUGCAUGUAACACGCUAGUUUGAAGUCAAGCUUCUUUUGCAGUAUUAGACACUCCAAGACAACAUGGCUGCUCUGUAAUGUGUGUUUGUGUGUACUGUAUGUAUAUGUAUGUGCACCUGUUGAGAUGGAAUGAUUUGUGUUUGAUCCUUUUCUGUAUAUACUGUUGGAUCUAUUGAAAUGACAAGGAGACGACUUUUUGUGAAAUUUAUGCUCAAACUGCACUUAGUCCAGAAAGUAAGGUGUUCCUUCGAUCUCUGCAAGUAUUUUAUCAACAGAAACAAAAACAUAUAUUCAUACAUUUUUAUUCAAUUAGGUAACUAUUUUGAGAAAGUAAUUGUGCCGGUGUUCGUUCAUUUUGUAAAUCUGUUUAAAAAAAAAAACGGUUAAAUAUUAAAUGAUGUACAGUAUAUUACAAUAAAAGAAUAUCAGGUUCUUAACACCAUCAGGUUGUUUACUCCAUCAGGUUGUUUACUCCAUCUGGUUAUUAACAUCACCAGGUUCUUUACUCCAUCAGGUUCUUAACACCUUCAGGUUGUUUACUCCAUCGGGUUCUUAACUCCACCGGGUUCUUAAUGCCAUCAGGUUCUUGACUCCAUCAGGUUAUUAUCCCCAUCAGGUUAUUUAAUUCAUCAGGUUCUUAAAUAAAUCAGGUUUCUUUACUCCA